AUGGAACAAGAAGCUUACGCGAAGAAUUACAUGGGAUAUAUCGAGUCCUGCUACCUGACUGCAUGCGUGGAUGAUGCGGUACCCGAAGCCUUAUCAGGGCCCUCCGCACCGCCUCGAGUAUGGCCUUUCGAUAUGACAGGCGUGAUAGACGCUUUGCGUCCAAAACAGGCAGUUUCGGAACAGAGUGAGCUAGACUUCAGAGUAGAAUCAACCGCCGAGAUGGAAGAAAAUCGCAAGAUGUUCUGCGAGGCCAAGCUGAGUGCUGACCAAGAAAAAACUUGGGACUUGAUAAUCGAGAACGAUCUCUACAAGAAAUUCGUCCGGAGGAACCCACAGGCAACCCGUUGCUUGCUGAUUAUGGCUGGGGAGCACUACGGAGAGGUGAUCUCAACGACUGGCAAAUUAGCCGCCAUUGUAAUGAAAGAAUCCGCAUGCAAACGGAACAAGGAGGAUGGUAUCCCGACUUUCGUCAUUGGCUGGUUCUGCGCUGAUGAUACCCAAAUGGAGGAUCGAACAGACCCUUAUAAGCCAGUCAAUCUUUCCUCAAAAUUGAUGAUGGCAAGCCUUGUGUGCAAACUUCGAGACCAGAUGAUGGCUGAGAAGAUUGAAUGCGACCUAUCGUCCAUCAAUAGCGAGCUCAACUGGGAUGACAUCGGUAAAUGGGAACUUGGGGUGCUGAGCGAGAUAUUUGCCAAACUGAUAUCACAGACUCCUGAAGGAAGUCAGAUAAUUUGUGUCAUCGACGAAAUAUGCUCUUACGAGUAUUGCGAUUACACUGAUGACACAAACAAGGCUAUCAACGCACUGGUGGCAAUAGCCAAUUCUGCAGAGCUGCUCACAGGACCUCGAUAUUCCAAACUACCUCUGACUUGUAAGCACGAGGCUUCCGGAAUAGAGGAAAAAUUCAGAAGUGAAGAUCAAAUCAUGAAAGUCCCACAGGAAGUAGAGAUCCCAUCACCCUGUGACGACUAUCCUGAUUUCUCUGCCGGAUUGGAACCCUGA